AUGAACAAAACAACAUCGACAGCUGUCAUCGAGGCACUGCGCUCGUUGUUCGCAACCUUCGGAUUGCCCCACAAGGUGGUUUCGGACAACGGAACAGCAUUCGUGUCGGCAGAAAUACAGAAAUUCUACAGUGACAACGGCAUCACAGCGGUAACAUCUGCUCCGUACCACCCAGCCACAAACGGACAGGCCGAACGCUACGUGGGAGAGCUAAAACGAGCUCUUGCAAGAGACUCUACGGGGCCCUUGCAGCGCCGCAUUGCACGCUUUCUUUUCAAGCAACACACAACAGUGCAAAAUACGACGGGCCAGACACCGGCGAAGCUCGUGUUUUCUCGCGAGCUGCGCACACACAUCUCAGCCGUUCUACCGGAACCGCCUUCAAGUGUCAACCGAGAUAAUGAAGACGCCCCGCGUUGCCGGAAAUUCCACGAAGGACAAGCAGUUCUCGCCCGCCAGUUUCACCGUAAGCCCGAGUGGGUCCUGGCCAUCGUCAAAAAACGUAUCGGCCUGAGAUCUUGGCUCGUGGAAGUGAACGGGACUGUUUCCCGUCGGCACUUAAACCAGCUACGCCACGUGAACGUACACUACUCACCCGGCGGACACGCCCAAGUCAGCAGCCCUCCUGCGCCUUUCAAUGCGGCUUGGCUGCUGACAAAGGAACAGGACGUCAGUGAACGGACACUUCCCGCUCACCCAGCAGCUUCCGGGGAGAAAACGAGCAGCUGCGCCCCGGUCCACACGGCGCCCGCCCAGCGACAGUCAACAAGGCAGCGACGCCCCCCAGACCGCUACCAGGCGCAAAACUAA